CCGGGCAGUGGGUAUUGAUCUAAUGUGAUAUGCACACACCCUCUACCUCCCCUGCCCUCACCCCUACAUCCCCUUCAUAAGCACGUUGGCUGCGCUGUCCCACGUCAAGCCCAGGCCACCCAGCUCCCGAGCCUCUCUGACAAGGGCACCAAAUGGCAGGUGUGUGAGCUCCAUCCUAGUUUUAUGGAAGAGACAGUAGAACAAGCAGGCUCUGAAGCCCCUCCAUGAAUCCUCGGAAGAAGGUGGACCUGAAGCUCAUCAUCAUCGGAGCCCUGGGUGUAGGAAAGACCUCCCUCCUCCACCAGUAUGUGCACAAGACAUUUUACGAGGACUACCAGACCACACUGGGGGCCAGCAUCCUCUCCAAGAUUAUCAUACUGGACGACACGACUUUGAAGCUACAGAUCUGGGACACGGGUGGACAGGAGCGGUUUCGCUCCAUGGUGUCCACAUUCUACAAAGGCUCUGAUGGCUGCAUCCUGGCUUUCGAUGUCACUGACCUAGAGUCCUUUGAAGCCCUGGAUACCUGGCGAGGUGAUGUCCUGGCCAAAACUAUUCCAAUGGAGCCAUCCUACCCCAUGGUGGUGCUGGGAAACAAGAUUGAUCUCGCAGACCGGCAGGUGUCUCAGGAGGUAGCCCAGGGCUGGUGUAAAGAGAAAGAUAUUCCCUACUUUGAAGUCAGUGCCAAGAAUGACAUCAACGUGGUACAAGCCUUUGAGAUGCUGGCCAGCCGGGCUCUGUCCAGGUAUCGAAGCAUCUUAGAGAAUUACCUCACAGACUCCAUCAAGCUCUCACCGGAAGACCAGUCCAGGAGUAGAUGCUGCUGACCUUCUAGACACCAGCUCUGACGCCCAGACAAAGCCUGCCCCGCGCCCAGGCAUCCUCCCCACCACCCCGCACCACCCCCCGCCCCGCCUCCUGCCCAAGCCCAGCCCAGGCAGCCUAAGCUCUGCAGCCAGAGCCCUCGAUCCCCGAUCCCCGAUCCCCUUGCCUCCAUGCUGGGCCCAGGUCAGAGCCCAGCCCCUGCCUCGGGCUGAGUGCAGUGAGGACAGAGCUGGGCCCUCAGGGGUCCCAGUGGAACCCAGAACGUCACAGCCACAUCUUGGGCCUGGAGGAGGCAUAGCUCCCUGGCUGGCUCCGGCCUUCCUGCUACCUGCCCUUCCCAAACACACUCCUGGUCCAGAACGCACAUCUCUGCAGACAGACGGGCCACUGUUUCUGGAGUCCCGUUGUGUCUUCCUGUGGCCUGGCCUUCCUUGCCCCCACCACCAUGUACCCGCAAAGCCACAGCACAGCUUUGGACCAGGGCGUGGCUUGGGCCACCCUGGCUAUCAGCGCUGGAAAGCAAGGGCCAGCCUCAACCCCUGGUGGCCACUGUCAGGCCUGGAACAAAACCCCGCCCCCUGCAGGGUACGAGACUGAGGGAGCCCAGGAAAAGGCACCAACGACUGGCUCAGUCUUCUCUACUGGAUGCUCAAACAACUCCUUUAAGUCUCCCUGAGCCUCAGCUUGCUUAUCUGUCAAAUAGGGGUAACAAGUGUCCUGCUGACAUCAGAGUAUAUGGUUUUGAGGACCAGAAGCUCUGCUUAAAUCUCAGCUGCUCUUGUUGAUAUGUAUGUAUUUAUUUCUUCAACAAGUACCGUUGAAUAUCUGCUAUGGAUAAUGCACCAUGGUCCAGUGACAAAUGAAACAAACAAGGACCCUGCUCUCCUGGACCCAGCAUUCUGAUAAGGGAAGGAAGCAAUAGGCACAGAUUUUAAACAGAUCUGUGCUUGGACAAAGCAGCAAAGGUAAUGAGAUAGAAAGGGACAGAAUCUGGGGUUGGUGCUGUUUUGGACAAAAUGGUCCAGGAGGGCUUCCCUGAGGAAGUGUCAUUUGGCCCAAGGACUAGAGAAUGAGCAGAUAGAUGACUUUCACUAGAGAUCUGGACAAAGAGCAUUCCAUGGAGAGGGAGCAGAAAGAGCCAAGGUCCUGAGGUGAGGACAAAUUUGCUAUGUUCCAGGAACAGUGAAAGGACAUUCAUUCACCUGAGGACUCAAAGAUGCUGUCCCAGAGACAAGCAAAGGGGACCCUGCCCCCUGGAGUGGCUCCUUGAUGCUCUGCUGACUGGCCACCAGAGGGCAGCAGUGCUCCUUCCCUUCCACGCUGAGUGGCCUGUGGCUUCUCCAUGCCACCUGAAGCGGGGCUUUUCUCUCUGUGCUGAUCCUCAAAGCAUGUUCUCAGGCUGGGGGCAUGUUUGGCCCUCUGAGAUCUGCUGGACAGGAGAAUCCCCUUUCCUUACACCUACUAAGAAAUAGGCAAAAGCUGUAAUAUCAAUGAUCCAGGCAAGAAAUCCACGUAAGUGACAAAUACUAGAAUUGAGGGGCCUGAAAACCUCAAUAGGCAGAACCCAGCCUGAAGGGGGUGGACAGGAUGACCACUCAGAGGCUCCCAAGCCAUACCCAUGCCACCCCCACCCCCCCGCCCCUGAAGUCUCCUGUCUACACAGAAGUACCUGGUCCUGAGCUCCGAGCAAAGCCGGGAUGUGAGCCUAGGACUUCUGAUGUCAUCUGACUAUGAAGAUACUCCCAGAGGCAGGGAACCCUGGGGGUGGGGGUGGGGGGUGUCAGCAGGAGAGUCUGGGGAGCCUCGUCUCCCCACCCAGCUGUGGGCGGCGGCAUGGAUCUGGCACCGAGCAGGGGCUGGGAGCACUCCACCGUCUCUGUGCCCUUCCUGGUAGCGGCAUUCUACAGCUCACACAGGCUCUCCCGGCGGACCCUGGAUGGGAUGUGUGUCCUGUGCAUGCCGCACCGAGGGACAUGAGAACUGUUGCAAAAUGCGUGCAACAAACAAUAAAUGUGUCCUUCUGUCUUUUUA